AAUUGCGGUUUGCGGUUCAUGUUGGAUUAUUUUGCCGCUGUUUUGUUUAUUUUUUUUCGCUUCUACGAAAUGUGGUUUGGUAGUCCUUUUUGGAUAUAUGCUGCCUUGAGUCAGCUCAUGUGAUGCUCGUGACGGUCAGAGAAUUGUUUACGGCAUACACCUUCAUGUAAUGGUCGGCCAAUACUCCACUGAGCCUUGUCAGCUGAGACAAUAUAACGGAAUGGCCAACGUGGUCUUCGAGCAACGUCGAGCGGGCACUAUAUGCUAAUUCUUCCAUAAUCGUCGGACGCCGCGAAACAUACACCCACUAAGGUCGACCUUACUGGUGAUAAAAGCUGGCUUCUCGCUUUUCCGGAGGCCAAAGUUCCUUUGCAGAAAUAAGAAACCAAUGUACGGGAAGAUUGUAGGCCGGUCGACGGAAAAAGGCAACGUUUGCAUAAAUCAUGAUAAAGUGAAAACAAAAGAAUACCAUUUCGAAGAGUGCGGAAAAGAAUCAAUGUUUAUCAGGGUGAAGUUGAAUGAUUAGUUAUCGUGUGUAGUGGAUGUUUGCUCGCGUAAACCAGCAAGAUAAAACAUAAGGAAUACAAAGCUGGUGAAUUUUACAAAACGAAAAUGUGGUCAAUUAGUGACCUAGUGGUAGCCUUUUUGGGCGCGUGCUGUCUACUGGCAGCCGCGGCCAGCGGAAAAUUGGGUCGGGACGAUGUGGACAUCGAAGAGUUGCGGCGUUACGACGAUUUGGAUCUGGAUGGGUAUCAACGGGAUGAAAGCUUCUAUAUUCCGGAAGAACCGGAUGUGACCCCAAUUGCACAGCCUUCCCGGAACCGGAACGGACGAAUGCGAAUCGGACAGCUACGGCGGGGUGGACAUAGGACGCGACACUUCAAGCAUGAUCUCAAACUUCUGUCCGGGCUCACCUCAUCAUCUCCCGUCGACUCGGAACACGGCUUCCAAAAAGCCACCGGACUGUGGCCAUCCUUCUUCAAUGUCGCGAUGCGGGCGACCAUUUCGGUGAACGCAACCUGUGGUCAAAACGGCAAGGAGGAGUACUGCCGCCUGCAGGACCCACUAAGAUCGCGAUCAUCUCAGUGUGGCAUAUGUGAUGCAAACAAUUCCGAUCUGGAGAAACGACACCCUAUCACGAAUAUUGUGGACGGAACGAACAGCUGGUGGCAGAGUCCGACGUUGCUUAAAUCAAGCAAAAACGAUCGUGUAACCAUUUCGCUUGAUUUGGGACAGGUCUACCAGGUUGUGUUUUUCACAUUGCGUGCUGCAAUCUCCCCACUACCAGCAGCAUGGGCACUGGAAAAAUCCACCGACGGCAAGGUCUACGGCGCCUGGCAAUACUUUGCCGCUGACGAUGGUGAGUGCAGGGAGCGCUUCGGUCUGUCGGCUCACAACGCGAAUUACAUUUUCAAGAAUGACUCGGAGGUGAUCUGCUCGACUCAGUUUUCCUCCGUCGAUCCGCUCGAAACUGGAGAGAUCAACCUAUCACUGAUCACGGGACGGCCUAGCGAGAAAACAACGUCGCAGGAGCUAUUGAACUUCACGCUGGCCCGUUACAUUCGAAUACGCCUGCUGCGUAUGCAUACGGUGGUUCCCCGUGAUGGCGUUAUUGCCGACAGUGUAGUGGAUACGCAGGCGCAGGCCAAGCGCAGCUUUUAUACCAUUCGCUCGUUGCGGAUCGGUGGGCGGUGCUUUUGCUCCGGGCAUGCUGGAAAGUGCAAGACAAACGAUAACAACAUUGAUAAUAUGCCCCGUUGCGAGUGCAUGCAUAACACCUGCGGAACGCACUGCGACCGGUGCUGUCCUCUGUACAAUCAAAGACCGUACCGGAUGGGGACGCCGAUCAGCGCUAAUAAAUGCGAGAAAUGUGAGUGCAACGGCCACGCCAAGGAGUGCUACUACGACAAGGAAGUGGACGAGCAAGGCCUCAGUAUGAACAUUCGCGGUAAACUGAGCGGUGGAGGAGUCUGUCUGAACUGCACUAAAUUUACUACCGGGAUCAAUUGUGAAAAGUGUUUGCCGGGUUAUUUUAGUCCGCUAGAUCGGAUGUCCGAUGCGGAGGAACCAUGUCUUCCAUGCGACUGUGGUGGAGUUGGUUCCGUAGGCGAGUGUAAUCCGAUUGGUGGAGAGUGUGUCUGUAGAGAGGGUUUCACCGGGCCAAAGUGCACGGUUUGCGCACCCGGGUAUCAUGGAGAGGAAUGUAUCAAAUGUCUAUGUGAUAUUCGUGGUACUGUUCCCGGAGGUGAAUGUGAUGCCAAUUGUCAAUGCAAGGUACAUGUGGAGGGAGAUCGAUGCGAUCAGUGUGCUCCAGGGUAUUUUUCAUUGAGUCAAAGUAAUCCUGAGGGUUGCAUGAAGUGUUACUGUUCCGGUGUGGGACAAACGUGUGAGAGCAACGAACAACGGACAAGUGCCUUCGAAACACUGGAAGGUUGGAGUGUUACAGAUAUAUCAAAAUCAGUAGUGGCAUAUCCAACCAGAGAUAAUGAGACGGGGUUUAUGGUAUUUGGCAUGUUCGAACUUUCGGAAACGGAGUCUGUGUACUGGUCUGCUCCUCAGGUGUAUCUUGGAAAUCGACUGCAAAGUUAUGGAUCGAAGCUAAGUUUUAAAAUGUCGUGGGUCAUAGUACGUGGUGAUACGAGUGGCAAGCCUACGACGGGUCCAAGUGUUAUUAUUUUCGGUAAAAACGGGCUGAAGAUUGCGUACGGAGAUGAUACAUUUACUGGGUAUUCCAAUGCAACUGUUAAUGUUGAACUGAUAGAAGAAAAUUGGUACCAUGUACCAAAGAGUGUAAAGGAUAUCAUCACUAGACUGAAAAGGACUGAAUAUCACGGUGAUCCGGUUACUCGUGUGCAGUUCAUGUCAGUCCUGUCAAAUGUGGAAAGUAUUUUGCUUCGGGGAACUUAUCAUACGGAUCAAGUGGAGAGUGUUCUCGAGCUGGCGACGUUAUAUGCGGGAAGGAAUGAAAGUGAAAAGCUCGCCAAUGAAAGCUUAGUUGAAAAGUGUGCCUGUCCAAUGGGUUACUCUGGUUUAUCGUGUGAGCAAUGUGCGUUUGGUUUUGUGAGAAUCUAUGAAAAUACAAUUACUCAUGAGAAUGUAGCGAGAUGCAUUCCUUGCACCAUGUGCAAUGGUCACGCAGAGGGUUGUGAUUUUGAAACGGGAGGAUGUGGAUUGUGCCAUCAUAACACUUUCGGUGAUAGUUGUGAACGCUGUCUGCCAGGAUUCUACGGAAAUGCUUUGGUGGGAACACCGGAUGACUGCAAGAAGUGUGCUUGUCCAUUGGAGGAUGCCAGUAACAACUUCUCACCGAGCUGUCAACUGAAGGGAGCAAUAGGGUUAACCAACGCGUCGGAUUACGUCUGCACCCAAUGCCCCGAAGGCCAUACAGGUGAUCAUUGUGAAAUUUGUGAUGACGGCUACUACGGGAACCCAUUGGAGCUGGGUGAAAAGUGUCUCCCCUGUCCUUGCCACGGGGGACCGUGCAAUGCGAGGACCGGGGAGUGCAUUGAGUGUUUGGGUAACACUGAAGGAUGGCGUUGCGAACGCUGCAAGAGUGGUUACUGGGGAGUUCCGGAUGAGGGUUGUGAACCUUGCAGUUGUUCGUCUGUUGGUGCACUAGAGAAUCUCUGCGAUGUCACCACGGGGCAGUGUAUCUGCAAGCCUCGCUAUGGUGGACGGUUGUGUAAUGAGUGUGAUAAUGGCUAUGGAAAUCUGGACCUCGACUGUCCGACGUGUGAGUGUCACGUGAAUGGGUCCGAAAGUAGAAUUUGUGAUAAAUCUAGUGGCCAGUGUGCGUGUAAGUUGGGUACCCAAGGUAUUAAGUGUGACCAGUGUGCGGAAGAAUUCUUUGGCUUGUCCGAAGAGUAUCCCGGUGGCUGUGAAGGAUGCAAUUGUCACAUUCAGGGUUCGGUGAAACGAAUUUGCAAUCAGCACAGCGGCCAAUGUGUCUGUAAGCCGUUCGUAGAAGGACGCCAGUGCAACGGAUGCAAGAAGGGCUAUUGGAAUGUGGAUUCAGGUGUCGGUUGUAUUCAGUGUACCUGUGAUCCCAACGGAAGUGAGCGUCAAGAGUGCGAUGCGUACACCGGUCAGUGCUUAUGCAAGGUCGGAGUUGAAGGAGUCAACUGCGAACGGUGUCAGCAGGGUUACUAUGGAUUUUCUAGUCACGGAUGUAAAAGAUGCGAGCAAUGUGCUAGUCCAGCGUAUGUGUGCGAUCCUGAUACGGGCCGUUGUGUAUGCCCACCGAACAGUCACGGGCACGAUUGUCGAUCGUGUGAGGUUAAUACGUGGGGCAAUGUGUUUCAACGUGGCUGCCGGCACUGUGAGUGCGAUAUUACAGGAUCCAUCGGCAAGUCCUGUAAUGGACAAACUGGUCAAUGCAACUGCAAAGAAGGCUAUACCGGAAGACAGUGCAAUGAGUGUGCCGUCGGGUACUAUGAAUAUCCUAAUUGUCAUCGUUGUGACUGUGAUGAGCGAGGAUCAACUUCGCAACCGGAUGGCAGUCGAGAUUGUGACGACAGUGGACAAUGUCUCUGUAAACCGUUGGUUUUUGGGCGCACUUGUGACCAGUGCAAAUCUGCUACUUUCGGACUGGCGUCGGUAAAUCCGGAUGGUUGCACGAGAUGUUUCUGUUUUGGACGGUCACAGGAUUGUGAGCAGAGUGAAUUUUCAUGGGGUCAAAUCAGAUUGCAAGGAUCACGGAAUCUCAGCGUGGAAUAUGUAGAGAAGGAUGAGGACGACUUCGAUUUUGAUUACGUUGUAGUGAUCCAACUUGAAGGAACGAAAACCAAUCGCGAGGAUGCGGAGAUUAAGAAUAUGAACAAUUUAGAUCUGAUUCCAAGUUCGACGGGAAAUGUGUCGAUUGGGGCAUACAGUGCAUUCCAGUAUCCGUUGUAUUUCCAACUACCACCACAGUUUUUAGGAGAUCGUACUACUAGUUACGGGGGAUUACUUAAUUUCAGUCUAGUCACGGUAGGAGCAUACAGGAAUAUCCCCGAAGCUUCCCUUCGUCAAUUUCCUUUGGUGCAGUUGCAUACACACGAUGAACUUGUUUUGGAUUUUUACGAGGAUGUGAUCAUUUCCCAUCAGGAAGUUGUUCAGCAUUCUGCUAGAAUACACGAAAAUCUUUGGAAAAACCAUUACGAUGGACAACCGAUUACGCGGGCAAUUCUGAUGGUUGCGCUACAGAAUGUGCGACACAUAUUUGUACGAGGAACCACAACGGAAGAUUUCCGGCAGGUUGUGUUGACCAAUGUUACACUGGAUGCUGGAAUUUUCGUAGCAGGAGCAGAGAACAACCGUGCCUAUGGCAUUGAACGGUGCAUCUGUCCGCCUCAAUACAGUGGAUUGUCAUGUCAGAACCCAGGACGGGGAUACUAUCGGUUCAAGCCUCGGUUACCGAAUAAGGUUCCAGAGACUAUCGAUGACUAUAUUGGUAAAGUAUUACCUUGUGAUUGUAAUGGAAGAAGCAACGAGUGCCAUCCAGAGACAGGAGUUUGUUUGAAUUGCCGCAACAACACUGGUGGAGACUACUGUCAGAUCUGUGCGGAAGGCUUCUACGGUAAUCCAAAUUAUGGCACGUGUGAGGCGUGUCCCUGUCCGGAAACAAGAAAGAAUUUUGCCAAAGGAUGCACGGUGCAAGGUAAUGAUGUCAGCUGUAUUUGUAAGCCUGGCUAUAACGGUACGCUAUGCGAGUCUUGUGUCAAGGGUUAUUACGGAUCUCCUCAUUUGGAAGACGGUCGGUGUGAUUUCUGCGACUGUAAUCGAGAGGGUAGCUUAUCGGAGGAAUGUGAUGCUCGAUCAGGACAGUGUCAUUGUAAACCUGGCAUCACUGGACGGAAGUGUGAUCGAUGUGAGCUACCGAAGCAUAUCGUGCAGAACUAUAAAUGUAAACCAUGUGACAAUUGUACGGUUAUCCUGAUCGACGAUCUGAAUGAUUUGACCCUGCUUCUACAGCAGGAAACCGUUCACAUUGACCAAAAUGGUAUACCUGCUCCCUGGAUUGAGUUGGAAAUGUACGAGAAUGAAUCCGAAGCCUUGGGUACUGCUGUGGGACAUCUGCUUGAUGCGAAGGAUCGUGUUACCAAUUUUGACCAUUCUAUAGUGGACAACCUAAAACGCAACGCCACUCGAUUGAACAAGCGUCUGAACAAACUGUCAAACCGUGCCGACGAAUUCCGAGACAUCACGGUGAUUAAGGCUCUCGAACGGUCGGCAGCCCUAGCGGACGAUAUCCAUGAUACCAAGAGAGGUAUCGAGCAAACGAUUGCCGUUCUCCAAAACUACGGCUCCGGUGAUCAACACAUCAAGCUUCCGCUGGCUAUACAGGAGGCGAACGAUCUACUUGCGGAUAUAAAAUUCAAGGUCGGACAAAGCCGACCUAAGGCGGAGGUGUUCGAGUGUGCCCUUCGGCAGUUUGACUACUGGAGUAACUUUUCAGAUAUCGUAGACCGCCAAAGCAAUCGCCUGGAUGAUCUAAAGUUUGAGUUUGCUACUUUUCACAACCGAAUGGAUGACUUUGAUCGGCUAAAUCGAGAAGUGUUCAACAACGCAACGUUGACGGAAAGCUUCACGACGAAGAACAAAAGAAAAUUGGAUGAGCUGGAUCGAGAUUUUCUACAAUCGGCAGAAAUAGCCGACGAAAUACAAAACUUUUUAGACAAUAGCAUUCUAGCGGAAAGCGCUGUACAGCAUGAAAAACUUAAAGACAAUUAUCAGAAACUGGAGCAGGAUAAGCAAAACUUGAAAGCCUUGAAUGAUGUGAUGGAGGACACCAUUAAAGAAUUCGACCAAAAAUAUGAUGAACUCGUGCGCGAUGAAGUUCCCCUCGCAAUUGCCUAUGGCAAGCGCCUGAAAGAAGAGUCUGACCAAUAUCAGCUCAAGUUCAAGGAUACAGAGGACGGAGCUGCGAAUGCAAUGAAAGCAAGUAUGGCGUACGAGAAUAUAAUUGGUGCUAUCAUUUCGGCUCAAGAACUGGCUGAUAAGGCUACGGAUAGUGCGAAAGCUGCUAAUAAUAAAGUGAAUCCGUUAAGUGGCACUUCUCUGGUUGAGCGAAGCGAACACUCAUUGAAUGUUUCGACAAGCAUUGAGAAGAAAGCCAACAAGGAACUGGAGAAAGCCAACGAACUCGACGAAGUCAUGAUCACGAAAGAAAAGAAAGUUGAGAGCCUACAGUACCGUCUUAGGCUGGCUGGAGUCGAAAACAACAAAGUGAUGGAAGAGCAGGGUACAAUCAAUCGAGGGGACGCCAUGAACAAGCUACAAGCAACGUUGGAUCAGGCGAAUAUCGUUUCCGGUCAAAUGAAGUUUGUGCGUGAGGAAGCCGUUACAUUGAACAGUGAUGUGUACAAAUUGAAGCUAAAGCUCGCUAAGCUGGAGCCAGAAUGGGACACCAAGUUUGGAAUGGCCGAGGAAAACGUUUCGCAAUCAUUGGGUAAUAUUUUGAAUGCCAAGAAAGAACUGAAUGGGGUCGAAAAGUUGGCUAGGACUCAGAGUGAAAAGUUCCAGGCGUGGAAUGUGUCUUUCUCCGCUCAGCUGCAGGAGUUGAAGGAUAAAAUAGCCCGUGCUAAGCAUGCUGCUGAGGGGAUUCGUGUGUCCUUGGAAUCUAAGGAUGGAUGCAUGCGUUCGUACGCUCCAAUUUCCUAUGGACCGUCAACAACCAACCGCAUUCUGAUGUCAGUAGCGUUGACCUCCGACAACAAUGAGUCACCUUUGGUAUAUAUCCAAGGCGAAGAGCGGCGAUUCAUUGCACUGGAAAUGCAUCAACGGAAAAUACGUCUAGUUUGGAACCUUGGUGACGAGGAGGUGGUGAUUACGCAUCCAACGGAGAUCAAACCACGCGAUCCAAAGUACGAUGAUGCGUGGUACUUUAUUGAAGCGAACCGAACGUUUAAUCUGUGUAAUCUCAAUGUAAGACGAAUGACUCACAGUGGAGUGUUAGUGGCAGCUAAUGCCGUUUCGGGGGCGAGCAGUCCUGAGUUUUCGAAGCUAACUAUGGGACCGAGCAGCAGGAUUUGGGUGGGUGGAGUUCCCGAUGAAUUGAGAACGCCUGAGCUGCGAGCAAAACAGGGUUUAGGGUUGGUGCUGAGUCAGUUAUACGUGGAUCAACGACAGAUCGGGUUGUGGCAUUUCACAUCCUCGAAUGGUAACUGUGGAGGAGCUAUGCUGGGGCCACAGGAAAGUUCAAGUACCUCUAACGAGCGACACUUCAACGGGGAUGGAUACGCUGUUUUGCAGAAGUCUUCUAGUCAUAGAAGCAAGUACCAAUUCAGCUUAACUUUGAGUUUUAAAACAUUGGAUGAAAAUGCGCUAAUUUUCCUAGCGUUGGAUGAAAUCAAUAACCGAUCGAUUUCAUUAACCCUCUUCCAAGGACGGCUAGUUUUCCGAGUAGAUUACGGAGGUGACUCAAAGCUAGAAAUCAAUACUACUAAUCGAUACAAUACCGGUCAGUGGGUUGUAGUGGAAGCCGCUCGCUCAUUCUCUAAAGGUAGUACGGAUAACGGUAUUCUAAAGGUGGAUAACAAAGAGGAAUUCCGUGGAGCUCCAACCAAACCGAUCAACUCGGGAAUGUUACCGAAUCUUGGUAACAACUACUAUCUGGGCGGUGUCCCACCAGGAUUUAAAUCAGGAACGACCAAAGCUCCUGGGGCUGACCAUGCGUUUUUGGGCUGUUUGAAAGGUGUUCAGAUAACUGGUGUAUCCUAUGAUCCACUGGGUAGUUCCAGACACUUUGGAAUAGAAGGAUCCUGCGUUGACACAAUCAACAGAGCCGGAUUCUAUGGAAAUGGAUUCGUGGAAUUCCCGUCUCAUAGUUUACGAAAACGAGCUAACUUUGGUUUUGUUUUCCGAACGCUAGAACCGAACUGUUCGCUAUUGUUGUCUGGAUUUCCUUCUAGCUUGUCCAAUGACUUUGAUUCGAAGGACAUACGCGGUAACUAUUCCGUAUUUCUCUAUGAAGGAAAAUUGAAUCUUUGGGUCGAUUCUGGACCUGGUCGCGUUGAGAUUGUUUCAAACAACACACUGAAUGAUGGUGAGUACCACGUAAUCAGUGUGAUUAAGCGUGGAAGAACAGUGGAGCUGAGGAUCGAUGAUGAAUUCCAAGGAUCGAAAGGAUUGCCGAAAUCCCAAGCUUUGGUCAAUAUGCCCGGAGAACCGGGAGGUCUUUUCCUGGGAGGUGUUCCGGAUGACCCAGCUUUUGAUAGUUUAUCCAAAACGUUUAACGGAUUAAAAGGUGUCAUCGCAAACGUAGUGUUCAACAACCGAACUAUUUCGUUCGAUCAAGCACUCAAUUUCACCAAUGUACAAAUGGGUCGCUCGGGCCCACCAAUGGGAUCACAUAUUUUACAUACUGCCCUUAUGAAAACUGAACCGAUCGGGCAUAGUUUCAAACCAUCACCAGAGGGAUGCAACCGAGUUGGAAGUUACUCGUACGAACCAAACGCCUUCAAGUACGGCGAUAAGCAACAAAGCCAUUCUAUCGUCAACGUAGCUGCUCGUCACUUGUGGCAACGGAACUUCAUCAUCCAGUUCGAUUUCCGAACAUUCUACCCCAAUGGGGUGCUAUUUGUUGCAUUGGGCUCAAAGGACAAAGCGAAACACUUUAUCACACUGGCCCUUCGGGAUGGUUUCCUGGCGCUGACUGUACGGGGACGAAAACGGGAACAGUUGUCGCUUCCCAUGAAACUGAACGAUGGCCAGUGGCAUCAUGUUUCGCUGAACAGCGUCAAAAAGAAGGCAACACUGAGCGUACAGAUUGGAAACAGUCUCAGUUCGGCUCAAAUUAAACUACCAAAGAAGUUGAAUGCAUCCAACAAUCUGUUUGUUGGUGGCAUUCCGGACGAAACGUUACUGCCAAAGGAGUUGCAACCGAAGCCGGAGGAGUUCAAAGGAUGUCUGAGGAAGUUUUCGGUUAACAACAACACACAGGAUCUGGCCCGUCCCGGGCGACAUCUUAACGUGGGACAGUGUUUUCCACGAAUUGAACAGGGUUCCUAUUUUCCGGGAGAUGCGUAUGCAAUCUACAAACGCAAUUUCAACGUGGGAACGUUCAUGGAUGUGGAUCUGGAACUGAGAACAUCAGAGGUCAAUGGAAUACUGAUGAGCGUUGCUGACUCGAUCAAUGGCUUCCCGGCUUUUUCGAUGGAAAUUUCGAAUGGAAACGUUAUCCUAUCUAUAGACGUCGGCGAUGGUUACCCAAUCCGGGUACAGAGCACUCUCCCCUCGAAGUACACACUCUGCGACAACCGAUGGCACAAUGUGUCCGCUCUGUAUGAGGAUCAUCAGAUUGUGCUACGGGUGGACAACUACCCUCCAAACACUCUCCUUGUACAAUCCAACGACGUGCUACGAAGGGUUGCCACGAAAGCACCGCUCUACAUCGGCGGAUUACCAGACACCGCCCCCAGUGGAACCCUUUUGCUGCGUGAGAAUUUCAAAGGAUGCAUUCGCAACGUGGUGAUACGAAAUGAACGCAAGGACUGGACCGAUAUGGACAACCUACACAACGUGCUACUAAGCGAGUGCCUCGCUGUAAAUUAAUGACUAAAUAGUCAACCCUCAUCGAACAUCUGUAAAUAGUUAGAUUCCAUUUUAUUUGCUUGUGAAUACGCUUAGAAGCAUCAGUGUGAACGAAGAAACCUGUUCCCAUACUUCAAAACGCUGUUUGAAGUCUGGCGAACUACGACAAACCAAAUAAACUAUUUUUUAAUAUUAAAUGUGUAAUGAUAAGAUCUAAAGCUCCGAGAGGCUUUUCUCCGUUUUGUCGACCUGAGUCGUUUACUUAAAACAGUCCGUUUCUUGGAAAACCGACCGUAAGAUAACUAAUGUGCCUAGUUUUGUUUUGUGAGAAAUGAAUGUGCGUACAAACCACCGAUUCUAAGAAAAUAGUUUUACUUAGAAAUAGAUUUUAUUGAAUAAUAGUAAAACAUUGCAUAUGUAUAUGUAAUAGAAGUAUGUGCUUUUUUGAAAUGUGUAAAUUAUAUUCAAGUCAUGUUGAAUAACGUUAAGUAUUUAUUAUAUCUGACUAAUUUAAACUACUGCCAAUGUAGUGAAACACAGGAUGUUUCCGGUAUAAUUCCUAUUGAAUGCUAUUUAUGCGCCUUGUUACAGUAAGAUAAACAAAUCACAUACUGCCAUAAAAAUAGACAAAAUAACGUAACUUUUAACGCUAGACAAUCAUGUUAUUAUGUUCCAAUGAAAUGCCUUACAUUAACCACGGAUGUAAAUUGUUUAUAUUUCAUACUUUAAAUGUUAAGAAUGUUUUCACCAAACACCAACAACAGCCAUGAACAUGUAAUUCGAUGUUUCUGUGAA